AUCGAUCGAUAUCAUGCACACAGGAGGGCACAUGCCCUGCACACACUCAUCGUCUCCUCGCCGCCCCAGCACUCUUCGCCAGCGCCAGCAGCCUGGCCUUAGCGUCCUUCACAGAUGGGCUGGCUGUGUCGGGCGACAGGUCAGGGUCAAGAUAGUCCAGAUCCAUCGCAGAGAAGCCAUUCAUCCGACCCUUCUUCUUGCCCUUGCCGCCCCGUGUCUUCUGCAGCACUGACGAUGCGGCAGCACUCGCCUGUUCUCGCCUGACGCGAGCGGCGCCCAGGUGCGACUGCUCUAUCUCGCCAUUCAUCUCAUCUUCUGCACUGCCGUCUUGGGCGGGCGCUGGCGCCUCCUCUGCUCCUCCCUCUCCGUCUUGCAUCUCGUCAUCCUGCUCACCAUCCUCGCCGUUGUUGUCGUGCUCUUCGUCACUCAGCCAGUGCGACGGCCACUCCUCUUCCUCGCCCUCACCUCGCUGCCCCUCGUCCAUCCCUUCGUCUUCAUCUUGAUCGUCAGCAGCGUCGAAGUAGCGGCCGCCAGCCUUCCUGCUUUUGACUCGGCGCCGGACACCGGUGCCUUCCGUCGGUGCCGGGGCGGGGGCAGGGGCAGCAGCUACUGACGGCUGUCUGGCGUCGUCUGAGAUGUGUGGGUUGCGGACUCGCGGCAUUUGUGUGAGGUAUCUGAGUGUGUGGAUGUUGGACGCGUAGACGCGGCUCAGAAAGGAGUGGUGCUGCUGAAGCUGACAGACGCAACACACACAAGGAAAGGCAAAACAUAGGCAUCAAUUGGCGGAUCGACUGACCGUGCUUGUGCCAGCCCUUUCACCUGUCUGAGGAGCAUCAGCAACAGUGCUCGAACGUCAGAGAAGGGACCUGACGACAGAAACGACACACCACAUCACACAUCAACAACUCCCAGAUAUUCGACUCUUCCCUUGGCCGGCCCUUCCCUCAUCCAACUACCGGUCAUGACUCUCUCCAUCCCUGACGCCUUCCUGUCCCUUUCCGCACUCCCCAGUGGCAGGCCGCCCAGCUGCGGUCCAAUCAGAUGGGCCUUGAGGGUCGUGUGCAACCACUGCAGGUGGUACUGCAGGUGGGGCGAGCUCAGCUGAUGCACCUUGGCGCUGGAUGACGCCUGUGUGGGUGGGGUGUAGGGCUGCAGGAGGGUGCGGAUGAGGUUGAGGAGGUUGGGCAGCAGGGGGGAGGGGAUGGAUGGCACCAGCAGGGGGAUGGACGAGUAGGGGAUCGACUCGUAGACCAUCUUGAGAGUGCUGAAGUGGUUAAGAGCCAAUGCAUAACUCAGCGCCUGACACACACCAAUCGAGCAUGCAUCCGCCAUGUUGAAGCUGGUGGCGCGGUUGUCUGUGCGGGUCGCUUGCCUUUGCGUAGUCCUUUUUCCUGAGUGCUUUGUGUAUGUUGGGGAUCGUCACGUCACGCGUCAGCAUUGUGGGCCCCGCUCCCUCGCUGCCACUGCCGCUCACACCCACACCCCCUGACCCGCCACCCUGACACACACACGCACAUUCACACACAAUACAAUACACAAAGCGGAUGCUGCUUCUCGAUGCCCACUUGCAGGUCGAUGGAGUAGAGGAACAGCCCAUGUGACGUGGCGGCAGCCCACUGUCGGCCGUCGAGGGAUGCCUGCACCUGCCAGACGGUGAGCUCCUGGCGCCUCUUGUCGGUGCUCAGCUCCCCUCCCCUAGUGCCGGGCAAAGCGAGAGCCUGAACGAAGACGAAGAGAAAGUACGGAGAUGCGAAAGUCCGUGUGUGUGCAAGUGUACUUGGUUGAUUCGUUUCCGCCUCUGUGCUCCCGGAAUGGCGUCAUCCAGAUCAGAGUCCGACAGAUCAAACUCCUGCACCCACCAACCAACACACACACCCGGUCACCCGACGUGACCCUGUCCCCUCCCCUCUCUGUCUGUAGCAUGCCUGUAUGGCUAUGCCGGCUUCAGUCAUGAAUCGUGAGUUGAGUUCCAUCAGGAUGCCGUCGAUCGACCGGUUGUGCGUCAGCUGGUAGUACUGCAGCAGCACCGUCGCGUCGGCGUCAUACACACACACACGGGCGGAUGUCUUGGCGGCGGCGAAGAUCUGGUGGCCGCUGGCAGAGUAGCAGAGGGACGAGAAGUGCUGAUUGGGGUUGACCUUCGACACCUGGUCGAUACACAGACAAACACACAUACAAACACACAUACAUCGGCCUCUGUCUACGUGUGGGUAUAAGGGAGGUCAUGUGUGACAGAUACCUUGUUUUUGUUGCCCUUGCCGCCCCAGUUGUUGGCAGCCGUCUUGUCGGUGACCCUCCUGCCGCUGUGGAUGUCGCGCAGACCCUCAAUGGAACCCACCACCUGCCCGUCGUCGCACUGCCAUAUCUGAAUCAGGCCCCCGAGGUACGACGCAGCGAGCCGCCCGGUGCCCCUUGGGUCGAAUGCGACGGCCAGGACCUCAGUGGUGUGCAUGAGAGGCUCGCCGGCCCCUCCCUUGGUGGCGCGGCCGUAUAUGUCCCACAGGCGGAUGGAGCCGUCCCAUGAGCCGGUGCAGAGGACGCCUGGCUUGGAGGGAUGGGGGUGGAAGGCGAUGCUGAUGAUGGGACCCUCAUGGCCGCUCAACACUUCCAACACCUUGCCCGUCUGCAGACACACAGACAGACGCACACGACACACAUCAGUCUUCCCCUUCUGUAUGUGUGUUGGUUGAAUGUUGGCUCUAUCACCUGUAUAGCCCAGACGAGGACCGAGUAUUCGCUGCCCUGAGUGCCAGCGACCACCACCUCGCCCCCGUUGUCCACGGCCAGGCAGGUGAACUGCACCCCCUCGUUGGGCGACGCCAACGUGCGGAAGUUGCGGUAUCGCAGCAGAUCGUACGCACGGACCGACCCGUCCAGCGAUGAUGACAGCACCGCAUUGCCCUGACACAGACACACAGAGACAGACGGCCAGAGACCAUUUGUUCUUCUUUUCUCUCUGUGUGGUGUCUGUGUAUACCUGUGGGGUGAAUGCCAGGCCGGUGACUGUAGCGGUGUGUUCGGUGAAGGUGAUGAAACAGAAGCCGCUGAGCGAGUGCCACAGCUUGACCUUGCCGUCCUGCCCACCAGUGGCCACGAUGGCCCCGCUGCUGCUGGCCGACGUCUCCAGCGACCGACCCUCUUGCUCAAGCGCAGAACCCAUACGCAGCGAUGUCCCUGCACAAUGAGAGAGGGAGGGAGGCCAGGCACUGGCGGUGGGCAAACACAUUGGGGAUGUCAGACGGCGUACCUGCAGGUGAGAAUGCGACGGCUUGCACGCCGUAGUGGUGUCCCUGCUGCUUGAGGAUGUAGGUCUCCGACUGCCACUCCCACACCACCACCUGAACACAUACACACACACAUACAGAGUGUGUAAAUGAUACAUGCAGGCAGGCGUCGUGAAUGCAGCCGACCUGUCCCAUUUCCGAUGCCGCGACGGCGAGCCAGUCGCCGGUGGCGUUGACGGCCAGCCCGUCCACGGGACACUGCCCGAUGCUCAGCGUGUGGAGGGCAUCGAACGACGGCACCUCAUACAGGGAAAACACACCGUGGGUGAAACCCACGAGGAGGAACUCGGAACCACCACCUCCAGCAGUGCCGUGGUGGACACACUGGGUGACUUUGGCACUGCCGGGCUGGUUGCAGAAGGCCCUCCUCUCCAGCAGCCAUGUGCCGUCGAUGUAGACCAUAUCACUGGUCGGCGGUGGCUGCUGCUGCUGCUGUUGCUGGCCCUCAUCCGUGUCUGCCAUGUGCUCAUCAGUGUCACCAUGAGUGUCUUCUCUCGCCCUUUUCCUCUCGUGAGGCCCAUCCGCCAUGUGAGCGUCCUCUGCCUCUCCCAUUCCCUCUAGGUGAUCUUCCUCCUUGACGCUUCUGCCGGUGACGCGGAACUUCUCUCUCCUCUGCGCUUGCUUGGGGAGGUUGCGGCUUGCAGGGAGGUCUGCGUCGUCCGAUGCUGAUGAAGGCUGCCACUUCCAGGCGAUGAGGACGCCCUCUGUGCUGAUUGAGUAGAUGCGCUGCAUGUCAUGCGAGAAGAACGAUCCACGAACGGGAUUCCUGCGCACACACACACAUGUUGGAAGGAGAGAGAGAGAGAAGGCACAGUACAGAUGGUGGACCGAUACAUCCAUCGCCCCCAUCCCCCCCCCAGUGUAGUGUCACCUGUGGUCGACAAAUGUCGAUGGCACGAAGUGUGUCAUCUUGCCCUUGCUGCCGGCCUUCUCCCUCUGAAUGGGGUCCCUGCUCCACAGCCGCACCGUCGUGUCUUUGGACGAUGUCACCAAAAACAGCGAGUUGGCACUCCAGUCCACACUCAGCACCUUGUCCAGGUGACCCCCCAGCCUCCGGUGCAGCGAGAAGUGCCACCCCGUCGCCACAGUGGGCGUCUCCCAGAUCUCUAUCCGCUUGGCGCUCGUCAAGGCCACAUACCGGCCAUCAGGGCUGAACUGGCAGCACAGCACGCGGCACCGGAAGUUGAUGCGCGCCAGUAUGACGUUGGUGCCGCCGCCUUGGAAGGCAAUCAGGAGGGCGUGUCCGGUCUCGUCAAUCACCAGCAGCAGGUGGCCGUCGGGCGAGAGGGCCAUGGUGUAGAUGUCCAUGCGGGACUCACACGGGAGAGUGCGUGUGCGGUUGCGGACGAGGUCCAGGGCGUUGACGCGGUUGCCGGUGGGGCAGAGGAGGCUGUCUGCGUCGGGGACAGUGAAGCAGAGAGGGCCGCCCUGAUAGGGAGCGCCGCACACCGAGGCGAACCGAUAAGAUAACAUCACGACAAUGGCUGAAAGCGAUGGAUGAACCCACAGAUCUGAAGGCUGGCGCUGUCCAUAUGAGAGGGAUUUCUCCAGAAGCGAU